AUGAUAUACUCAUACACUUCACACUAUAAAAGGUCCUCAAGUUCUCACUUGCACGUAAAACGUGAGGUGGCAGCAUCAAAUAACGCAUUGAUAGUCAUGGCAAUACUCUUGACGGUGGUCGUAAUAUUACUUUUACUGAUUCUAGUAUUUAUAAUUUUAAAUCAAAGAAGAAAGGUUAAAAACAGAAUUUCAGAUUCGAAGCUCAGACCUCUUCAAUUAGUUAUCACAAAAGAAAUCAGUCAUCUUAAAAAUAAUCAAUCAAAGAAAGAGAGUCAAUUCCGGAUGGAUGGAUCGUUAAGUGUGCCGGUAGCACUUGCGAAACCUACGAGAGAAUAUCCUAGUGGUGAGGCGAGACCUUUGAUUUUAUCAAGUACGGACUUAAAAGUAUAG